AUGGUGGUGGUGGCAGCUGGCAAGCCAGGCUGGGACCUUGGUGAAGUAGUCAGGCUCCUGCAGCAAGGGAACAUUCUUAGGGCGUUUCAUGCAGCCCUGUGGAAACUCUCUCCUCCACACCAAGAAUCAAGCAGUGAAGGAAUGAGCCCAGGAUGUGGUGCUGAAAGUAUUAAAAAUUUUAAGAACAGUGAAAUUGAGCAGGCUGAGCAAUCACUGGACAAAUAUGGCAUUGACUUGCUAAUGAAGUCUAUUUAUAAAGGGUUUGAUAAGCCCAAAGGAAAUAGCAGUGUAGUGUUACUCCAGUGGCAUAAAAAUACAUCAGCAGCAGGUGGAUUAGGCUCCAUUAUAAGAAUUUUAUAG